GCUGAUGAGGUGAUUCACCGGUGCAACGCCACGCGUCGCCGCGGCCGCGCGUCCAUUCGACCUCUCACCGCGACGGGAACCGACGAGCGUGCUUCUUUGAGCCUUCUCUGUGCGACGUUCGGAGGAUUCUCUCUGGGUGCCGAACAUUCGAUGCCGAUCGACCGACGAAUGCGAUGAUAAGGCGCGAGCCCGCGAGCGUCGCGCGUCUUGCGCGGGCAACGACGAAGGUUCAAGCCAGAGCGCGCGCUCGAAUUUCGAGUUCAUUCAUGAGUUACUCACUUCUCACUGAUCGACCACUGACGAUCCUCUUGUAUACAAUACAGUCGGCUGAUUAAAGUUAGCAGCAACAACACUUUGGGAUGAGCUUCGUAACGUAUCCUGUGUUCAGUAGGAGAAUUUACUUUUUAGUAUACUGAGAAGAUAUCUGUAACUGUCACAUCACAUAGAGAAAUAAUUAUGCGUUGCAAAACUCAAGCGCCCCUACACUUAGUAGGGUAUGAUCCACUUGAUGCUGCAAAUGCUUCAAAGCGUCGUGCAGACCAAUCAUAAUCGUUCUUUACGCGCUUCAAAGCAUUUGUAACUACAAGUGGAUCCUAUCCUUAAUCAGCCGACUAUAGAUUGCAGACUAGCAAUACGAUACACAAUGAAGCACACCAAAUUAUCAAAAUUAAGAAUUAUUACAGACAAGCUCAUACGAUAUAAUAAUUAGAACAUUAUAAAUAAUAACAAUAAUUAAUCAUAUAAUUACCGGACAAACUCGUCAAAAUAAUGACACUCAAAUAUGACAGUUUAGUAAGGUCUCAUACGGGAAGCAAAUUUUGGUGGGAUUAAUUGAUUCCUAAUGAAUGAACCAGAAAUUUACUUAAUCCCAAUAAACUUUUUUUCCAUGCAACUUCGUGUUCAUUUUGCGACCCAUUGUAUACAAACGAGGACAAUGCGGCGUGAGUGAGAUUAAAGGCUCGUUUCGACGCAAUUUUGUUGGGUGUGCGGGGCACCUUGUGGCCUUGUAACGCCUGCUUAGCCGUUACCCUGGGAGCUUGAACUUCAAACACGAUUGGAAUCCGCUAGGCGCGAUAACUCGAUCUCUCGAGUACACGCCUAUAAACGCGAGCGCGAGCCGGGGUAACAUUCUGUGCACGCGUGUUUCGAGUCGUUUGUAUGCACUCAUACAUCGCGAGACACUUGCGCCACCGGCGUGGUCCGCUACCUUUCCAGAAACAAUAAUGGUGUCGGCCGCUUCCACACACGUACGCAUACGUACACUCACUCACGCACGGACGGCAGAGAACACGCCCGUCUUCUCUCUCACGGCAGUACAAUUCUCCAAUACACGUGUAAUCCGGCGCUUGCACAUGCAAUCGGACGUUCGAUUGUUGAGUCGCGUUUCGCUGGCAAGAAUUUAGCUUCGCAGCUGCUCCCGAGGGCACCGAGAUCUUUAUUGCUUAUUGCGAACUAUCUCUCGCCGAUAACAUUAAAGCUCCUCCUUGGUAAUAACAUUAUAAGAGAAUUUAUUGAUACACGGAAAAAAAGAUAUGCACAUAGCCAGGGAUAUUUGGUUGUGAGUAACGAAAUCGCAUCAGGUCAGUCAUUUUGUGUGUAAUGUGUAUGGUUUGAUAUGACUCAGUUACUUUGGUACAUCAACCACAUCAAUCCAGUUGCGUGUGAUCUGGUUGCUGCCUUUAAAAGAAGAUAGGCUCUAUCAUAUGAAGCUGCCGAUAGUCUGCGCGCUGAUCACCGUCGCGGCCGCCGCGCCGGGUCUCCUCAGGGUGCCGAAGGUGUACAAUGCCGUGAUCACGAGCAAUCAGAAUCUAUCGCCCUCGCGAGCAUUCCCGGUGAUACAGCCGGUGAUACAUCGCACCGCGGUCGGUUACGUGCCGCCGUUCUAUUACACGCAGAUAGCGCCUCACUUCGCCGGGCCGGAAGUGGUGCAUUAUCCGCCGGCCGGUGGCGGGAAACCACCCGGAAGCGAUCAGACGCAGGCCAGCUCGAGCUCUCGUUUCGUAGAGUCGACGAGUUUCGGCGUCGCGAAGGAGCAAGGUGACGCGGAUCGCGCGAAGGACAGCCCGAGGAACGAGGAGCCGCAGGAGAGCAACCCGAAGGAGAACGGCGACGCGAAGGACUCCCCGAGGAAGAACCAGCAGGUGCCGUUGAGCUUCUACCCGAACUACCAUUCCCUUUACUACGAGCCGUACAUCUACACGUACAACAGCUUCAACCCGCACCUCGUGCCCGGAACUUACUACGUCGACUAUCAGCCGUACGGCUCCCUGGAGCCGAUCCCGCCGACCACGCCGAGGAACGUUGAGUCCGGCCACCUGCUGCCGGGCUUCCACGAGGAGAAGGCGAGUCCGCCGAAGAACGAGAAGGACAAGAUACCGGAUGUGCCGCCGCCGCCUCUGCCCACCUCCGUGCCGAAGAAGUCCUGAGAGAGCCAAGGCAGAGGUGAAGUCCUGAGAGUCGAGUCGCGACGAACGAGCGAACGAAGAGAGGCGCGAGUGGUCGCGGACGGCGAUUCGAUAUGCCGUGAGGCUUCGUUUCUUUCUUAUUGUCCGCUUAUUUUUCCCCUUCCUCCGGGGGGAAGUACAGGGUCCGCGUUGUUACGUGUUGAGGGACAAUAUCGGUCCUCCAGUGCCGGCGCCCGUGCCGCCGGCAUGCGCGGUCAAUCGGUUGGCAUUUAGUACAUUGGUCACGCCAUUAUAUCGGUGAACUUUGGCCGCCCGUUGCUCGAAAUAAUCUCCAAUCUGCGCGCCGAUGCUCGAUAAAGUUCAAGAGUUUCGUUCGCGCGUGUUAUGGUAGCCGGCCGUUAUUAUUGACGUCAAAUCGGCGGAGGGCGGCUCAGAAUUAUUUUAGCAACUCGCGCGCUCGUGUCCUUUUCUCUUCCCACGAAAUUUCGAAUUCGCUUCGCGAUGCACUUUAUGUUCUGUGCACUGGCUCGCUUUUAAGUUUGCGCGAGACCGCGCUCCUCCAUUAUUAUUGUCGUAAGCUGCGGACUGAGCGGAUUUUUAUUCAAGUUACAUGACACGUCGAUAGAUUUAUGAGGCACGCAAUGUUUUUAUAUAUUAAAGAUUUUUCUAUACAUA